AUAUAAACAAAACAUAUUUGUAUAUAUGAACAAACGUUUUUAUUUCGUUUGGCUGAGACUUAGUUGUGUAUAUUGAAGAGUGGAAUUGAUUGAUCGUUCGAACGCAUUUCAAAAUGCCUCGAAUUGAUCCUAUGAAAUUGUUGGUGUGCCUGAGUGUGCUGCUUGCACCGAAUGGAGGCAUACGAAACGCUGGAGAAGUUAGGCGACUAGCAAAUUUAAUGGCAAAAUUUUCCAAAAAGCUCGUUUCCAAAUGCAUUUAUAUUCAAAUACUUAAGUGCACGGAAACCGAACUGCUAGGACAAUUCAUGCAAACUGGCGGAUGGUCAUUGGUGCACAUGUGGCUAGUCGACGGAAUUGCUUCCAAGAACUGGCCUCUUAUUCAAGAGCUCCUAGAAUUGUUGCUCUGCUGCCCGGUGGAUGUGGAACGACUAAAAAUUAACAGCACACCAAGGCUGGUAAAAUCUUUAUCAACCGACAGUGCUCAAGAACGUGUACGCGUUCUUGCCUCCAAGCUGGUAGAACAAUGGUUAUCUAUCGUGAAGGCACCGAAACAGCUGUCUCCAUUGAUGCCAUCUAAUCAGUCUGAAAUGCAGGCAACCAGCAAUAUAGCAGGGCUUACGAAUUCGGCCGAUGGAAAGCUUCUGAGCUCGGGGGAUCACAAUGUAUCAGCGCUUGGGUCAUUGGGGGAACAAGAGGGGUUUAGCAAUGGGAUGGAGGAUAAUCAUAAUCAACAAAACGGUUAUAUCGCGCAAAAUGGGAGUAAAACCAUGGAUGGGAUGCAACAAACAGAAGUUGCCGAUAUCGUGGAUGGUAGCAAAAAAUCAUUCCACUCGAUUGGCGACGAGCAGCAUCAACUGUCCCCUGUUACACACAAGAAAACUUCUUUAGUGUUGAAAAUAACAACCAAGAAUGGGAAGCAGGUUGUGGCCAAGGUAGUUAAAUCCCCAUCCAAGAGAAAGAGUAAACGUGAUCCACUCGAUCUGAACGAACCGGACGAUGCCGAAGAAUACGAAGAUGAUUAUGACGACGAUGACGAUGACGAGGACCAAGAGGAGGUACUUGUGAAUAUUGAAUCUGAUAAGCCGUCCAGCGAAUCUGCGUCCAUCGAAACUUCCGAAGAUAAGAAUUACGACGGUAAAGACAUGAAAAAGCUAGACGUACAAAACGGUGCAGAGAGUAGUAAAGAAAGAAACAGUACGUCGACAAAGGACAAAGAUCGGCAUCACCAUUCUCACCGGGAACGGGAGAAAGAUCGGAAGGGCAGUAUCAGUAGUAGUAGUCGGUCAUCUACUUCCAAGUCGUCUAGUAGCAGCAGCAGCAGCAGCAAACAUAAAUCGUCAAGUAGUAAUAAUAGUAGCAAUAGCAAGAGCAGCAGCUCGAGCUCUAGUCGCAGCAAGGAUCGCCAUGGUAGUAGUAGUAGCAGCAGCAAACACAAAAGCUCUUCGUCAUCUUCUUCCUCAUCUAAGUCAAGUAGCUCGAAGAGCACCAGCAGUAGUUCCGAUAAGCACCGAGAUCAUAAAUCAAGUCAUUCGAGUAGUGGCAGUAAGGAUUCAAAAAAUCUAUCGCUAUCAUCUUCAUCGAAUGGUAGCGAUAAAAAUUCCAAACUGUCUAGGAAAAGCUCGAAAGAAGACGGUGGUGCUUCAAACGACAGUGGUUCGGAAACGGGAAGUAUUUCCAGUAACAGAUCUGGGAAAUCUACGUCCGCUACCACCAUUCCAAGCAAGAAAGCUUCGAUUUCGAUCGAAGUUCGCAAUCCUGAGAAUCGCCCAAAAACAGUCAAAACGUACAAUUCCCAGUUUCGAUCGCACGGACUUAUCGAAGAAGCACCUCCUCCUCCGUCACGAAAGGGUUUGAAAAAACCUUCAUCGUCGUCGUCUACGUCACCUGGAGCACCUACCUCAAAUGGUCCUGCCAUUGGAUCCACAGCAACCGGUACGGUAAAACGAAGCUCGCCAAUGUCUACGGGACGAGACACUACCGCAGGGUCACCGAUUGACAAAAAGCCGAAAGAAGAUUUUCCAGAGCGACCAGGAUCUAUCAAGCUUAUUCCGCCGAAACGUCAACAUGCCUUGGUCGAGUCGGACAUGUUCAUGGAUGCGCUGUCUGCAACGCUGCGCAAGGACGUAAAGAAGCGCAAACGGCGAACGAGUGGAUCAGAGAACACCUCCACCGUCGUCGCUAAACCGGGUGAAGUUGGCAGCAGCAGCAAACCGGAUGGAAACCCCACGAAGGCGACCGAUACGGAAAGUUCAACGGCGACAACGACGGCACCGUCGACAAAAGCGGCGAGCGAGGAACCGGUGACAGAUGUGACACCCGCUGCAACCACACCUACCUCACCGAAGGUGCCCACGAUCGCACCGAUGUCCUUCUAUCGGGACACACUUGCGGAGGAUGAUGAUAAGGGAGGCGAGUCGGCGACGACGGAUGUCGAUGACGAUAAGAAGGUACAAACAGAGGAAGAAAAGGGUGUUACUGAGGAAAAGAAAGCGAUAUCGGACGAUAAGGAAGGCGAUGAUGAAGAUGACGAUGAGGGGCCAGUUUUGAAAAAAUCAAAGCGAAUCAAACGCAAACUCAACGAUGAUGACGAGGAAGAGAACGCGGAGGAUGGCGUUGGUGUUGGGGAUAAGAAAGUUAAAAAGGAUCCCACCGAGGGUGCGGCAGACAGCGAAGACGAUAAGACUGAGCUGAUGGACGCGGUGAUGAACGACGUAGAGAAGAAGAUAGCAGCAGAAGCCGAGGAAAGCGAGGAUAACUCGGCCAAGGGUGACGAUGAGGUACCGACGGGGAAGAAACCACCGGGUCCGGGUUGUGGCCCCGAUGGGCCACCAGGGGUGCUGGUUAUCCACCGACGGAAAGGACCGAAAAAACAGUUGCGUUGGAGGGCAGCAGAGGACCUUGAGGAGGUGCGCUAUUUCGAGCUGGACGUAACGGAACGAUGCAACGUGACGAAGUCGUUCACGGACAUGAAGCAAAUGGAGCGCGUGGACGAGCGCCAGAAAUUCAUGCUGUCGCGAAAGGUCGCCUCGGAGGAUAUCAUGGUUGAGCGGACCAUAUGGCGGCCACUGGUGGUGGUCGACAACGUACCACUGUCGCCGGAUGGCAACCAGAGUUUGGAGAGAAAUGUGCAGCGGCAGCGCGAACGCGGCUGUCUGCAAGCGCUUUACUUCAACAAGCACAUGAUCCCGGACUCGCCGGUCGAACCGGAACCGGCCGACAUCUACCAAACCGCCGAUCCGGUACACAUUCCGCUCGAGGACGUCACGGGCAAUCCGGACUCGGUGAACGACUUCACCAGCGUGCCGUGGCCGGAUCCGAAAUCGACACCACCGCACGAAUCGGCCGCCUUUAAUUCGCCCUUCUUUCCCACCGAUCUGCCUGCGGGCGCGGGCUUUGGUCCUGGUGGCUUUCCGCCACCGUUUGCGCCCGGUGCGGCGGCCACGAUCGGCCCAGGACCGUGGAAUUUGGGUCCACCGACGGCAGGUGGACCCGGCCCUCGGCCCGGUGUCCUAGCACCAGGGAUGUUUCCACUUAAUCAACCCCCGCCGGGCAUGGGUGGGCCCCCGCUUGGCGCCCCUGGUGGUGGGGGUGGAAGCCCUAAUAUAUUGAACCUGCCAUUGAACAUUCCACCGAACAUGCCACCACCGGGAAUGUUUCCGGGUGCGACAAACUUCAACGCGCCUCCACCGGAGAUUGGUCUCUUGGCGGGCGGACCCGAUGCCGGUGGCCGUCGAGGACCGGGUGAUUUUCGCAACGGUCCACCACCCAACCAGCAGUGGGUUAGCAAUAAUCGUCCGUUCGGUGGGGGCGGCAACAAUACAUCUCGCGGAGGUUUCGGCAACCGUGGCAGUGGAAGCGGAGGCGGCGGUAACUGGAAUAAUCGCAAUAACGCCGGUGGUAAUCGGAACGGAGGUGGCGUAGACCGCGGUCGGAUAGGCGAAGAAGGCCGCGGCAACUACCGGGGACACUGGGUUCAGAACAAUAAUCGAGGCCAUAACAAUAAUCGGGGCGGAGGUGGCCGGAAGUGGUAGCAUAGGAUGGCAGAGAGUUGGCAUGGACUGGACGAAGCCGAGCCAAUGGAGGUUGAUGAGGCGGCAAUCGACAGGAUGGACAUGUCCUGAAAAGUGGGUGUGUUACGGCUGGAGCCGAUCCUAUUCGAAUCGAUCUCGUACGUCCGUAGUUGUAUCAUAGAUGUUGUUUUAGAAUGAUUUCAUCUGUCGAUGGUUAACUUGUUUUACGGAAUUAGCUUUAGUUGGAUUGGUAGCAAUUUUGCUCGCAAUAUUUCACAAAAUUCAAAGGUCUAACGAUACUGGAGUAGAAUAAACUGAUGUACAUAUAUUAGAGCAAGAAUGUGUAGGAUUGCGUAGACGCAACAAUGCGUUUGUAGUUUGAGGUCCAGAAAUAGCGGUGCUUUCAAAGCAGAGCAUUUAUAGCAAUUGUGUAAAAUAAUUAUGGGGAUUUUAUUUGCCUUAUGCCAAUCAGCUGCUCGGUAGCGGAACGAAAUUCUUUUUAACG